AUGGCCAGUGUGGGGGACGGAAGAUUGCCAGCAGCAGCAGCAGCAGUAGCACGACCACAACCCAGCUCACUUCAGUCUCCUGGUUCACUACAGAAGCAGCAGGGUGAAGAGAAGCCACCAGUGGUCUCCUUGCCUCACGUUGACCCCAACCUCUUUCUGCUGCUCCUCACAUUCUACUACAUGGGGCGACUUGAGGCCUCCCUCCUGCUCUUCUUCGGAUUCUCUUCCUCAUGCCAUUUUCUCCUCUCCCUUUCUUCUUCCCCUCUUCCCCUUCAGGUGCCCAUCUCGCUCGUCCGCCCCCUCCUCUCUCUCGCGCACCAGCUAGGGGCGCAAGAAUUGCAGCAGGCGUGUGAAGCAGGACUGGAUGGGCAUGGAUCUAGAUACUCCGCAUCUGCACCCGCCCACGCGAGCACAUACUCUGCAUCUGGACAGAGCGCUAUGGGAUCCUGUGUCACAGAGGAAAACCUAGUGCUUGGCGCCUCUGCGGCUGUAGCAGCAGAGAGAAGGGCCGCUACUCCCAAUGCUACAGCCGCUGGGAACGGGGAUGCAGCCAAGUCAGCCAAGUCAAUGAGUGCUUCACAGUCAAUGCAGGUUAACAGGGUAGUGUGUCUGUGUUACCCAGUCGGCAGGAGUCAGCGGCAGCGGGAGCAUGCGUUGGGCCAACAGAAAACGAACCUCAGAAGUGGUGUGGGUCUCUUGGGACUUACAGGCGAAGAUGGACCCGCCUUUAGAAACGGGAAUCAGUCGAAUCAAUCCGCUUCGCAGCAGCUCUGCUCCCAAGGGCUGUCUGUUGAGGAGCAGGGGAGCAGAUGGUUGAGGCAAGGCGAUUAUGUGAGUUCAGGCGCUCGGUCAGGUGGUUUUUCGGGUGGAAACGCAGAGGCAGGUGUAACUGCAGGCGGAAGCCUGAAUUCAAGCGCACCUGCAACUGCAAGUGCAGGUCCGAUCCCUUCUGGUGAAGCAGCCGGGGUUCCGACCCAUUUGCUUACGCCCGACCGUCAUUUGUUUCAACACCUGCGAUGCGACUGCUGUGGUGGCAGUCACAUGGGUUUUUCUUCAGGGGCUGAAUUGAACAGGGGCGAGGCGCCAGACGGUAGAGAGGCGAGAGGAGGGAGCGAGGUGAGAGACGGUAGAGAGGCGAGAGGAGGGAGCGAGGUGAGAGACAGUAGAGAGGCGAGAGGAGGGAGCGAGGUGAGAGACGGUAGAGAGGCGAGAGGAGGGAGCGAGGUGAGAGACGGUAGAGAGGCGAGAGGAGGGAGCGAGGUGAGAGACGGUAGAGAGGCGAGAGGAGGGAGCGAGGUGAGAGACGGUAGAGAGGCGAGAGGAGGGAGCGAGUCAUCAGCAUUCACCACGCUGCGAGUUGCUGCAUCAGUUCCUGGGGAAGCCUGCUCUCACCUGACAGCUGUCGCCGCCUCAUUGGCCGCGGCGCGGUUUGAGCGGUGCGUUGAUGCUGAUGUGGACGGGCUGAGAGGGCUGCCGGCUGGUGCGCUCACGGCUGUAUUGCAGCAGCUGGGAGGAGGCGGAGCGAGCAGUGAGGGAGAUGAUGAUGAGAGAGGGGGAGGAGGGGGAGGAGGGGGAGGAGGGGGAGGAGGGGGGGGGGAGGGGGAGGAGGGGGAGGAGGGGGAGGAGGAGGGGGAGGAGGAGGGGGAGGAGGAGGGAGAGGAGGAGGGGGAGGAGGAGGGGGAGGAGGAGGGGGAGGAUCCGGCUGUAGCAGAGGCUCCUGGUAUCGAAGAUCUCAUUCAAGCCGAUCUUUUGGGCCGGCUACAGCUGGAAGGGGCUGAGCCCAUGCUACAAGGGGGGGGGCAGGAGGAGGAGGAGAGUGAAGGGAUAGAAGAGAAGGAGGGUGAUGAGGACGAAGGAGAGGAGGAGGAGGAUGACGAAGUUUCUGGGUUGCUGCAGCACGUGCAGUUCAUGUCGCUGCCUGAUUCGCUCCUCGUCAGGCUCAGGGACAGCCUACUUGCCACUCUCUCCUUGGCCCACCAACCCCACUCCAAUUCUGCCCGGUUAGAUUCGAUUCAGUCGGAUGAUAUCCAGGUAGAUCUCGGCCGUCGGAUCGUCCGUUUUGCGUCCCCGGACCUCCCGUCCCGACCCUGGCCGUCAGGCUCGGCGGCUGCUGUGCCGCGGGCGUGGUCUCUUGAGAGCUGUGGAGAGGGGUGCGUGGCGAGAGAGAGGGGUGCUCAGGCACACACGCAUGGGGCGGGUGCAGCAAGGGAAGGGGGUGAGGUGCUGGAAAAAGGGGCUGCAUUAUUUCAGAAGCCUAGUCGAAGCAUGUGUGUGGGGUUGAGACAGGGGGAUAGGGAGGAAGUAGGAGAGGGAGGGGUGGCUGGGGAUGGAGAGCGGUGGGAUGGGAUGGAAGGGGAGGAUCAGAGGGGAAAGAGAGCGGGGGAGAGUUUAAAGACAUUUGAAAACUCGGGGGAGGGAAGAGAUGGUGAGGUGGAAGAUGGGGGAGAGGGGGGACGGCGGCGAAACAGGGAGAAUCGGGGAAGGCAAGACGGAGCGGAUGGGUGGAGGAAGAGAGCAGGUGAGAAUCUUGAGAUGGCUCACAAGUUGGAAGAGAGAAGAGACUGCGAAGGGGGAGAGGGGAGAGAGGGGGGCAAUGUGGUUGGGGGGUUUAUGCAAAGUGUGGAGAGAGGGGAGGAGCAAGUGGAGGAGCGAGAGGAGGAGCGAGGGGAGGAGCGAGGGGAGGAGCGAGGGCUGAAGAGAAUGGGUGACGAGAAUCAUGUGGAAGAGAAGACAACUGAUAAGCAAAGGUUGACAGGGAGGGGGUUGACAUGUCGGGACGAAUCCAUGCCGCCCGGUCGGGUUUCUUUGGCAGCUAGUGACAGGAUGGAGGCGGGUGGAAUAACAGCGGGGGUAGCAGACACUGCAAGCCGAGAGGAGGGGGUGAAGUGUGACUAUAUCGAACGGGAAAGAGUGCCGCCUCAUUCCAGAGCACUAGGAGGGGGGGUAGGUGACUGUACAGAGAGGGAGGGAACGCCAAUGGCAGGAGUUGAAGAUGGGUGGGGGGGGAGGGAGAGGAGCAAUGCUUCCAGAGGGUUUGGCUUUGGGGCAUCUCGAAAGGCCGAUGGCCCUCGGUUGAGUCAGCAGCUGCUCACGCAAAAGCUGCUGGCUGCUGAACGGCUGUUGGCGGGUGUCUCGAGUGUUCCUCGCGUCCUUCAAUACAUGCACGACGGGGAUAAGAACGGCGUGUGUUUCCAUGCGGGUACCUCGUAUGGACGGCACCCCUGGAUGAAUCCCGUGCUCCUGGGGACCCUCACAGUGGCAGCCAGCAGCCCUCCCUCACGUUACACCGAUGGCAAGGUCAUCGUCUCGGGUGACUACGUGAGCUCAUCCUUUGCUGGGCCUUGUGUGGAGGGAGGCAGCGUGACAGCUUGGUGGAGGAUCGACCUGGGGGAGAAACACAGGCUUCUCUGCAACUUCUACACAGUCCGUCAGGAUGGCAGCCCCAACUACAUGCGCUCGUGGUGCCUUGAGGCGUCCAACAAUGGAUCUGAUUGGACGAGCCUUCGGCGCCACUCAGAUGACACCUCCCUCUGCCGCCCGGGCCAGUAUGCCUCCUGGCCGGUUGACAUCUGCACCGCAAUCAACCCCACCAAACUGUCGAAUAAACCUUGCGAUGUGGUUGGCUUGGGGCAGCAUGCCUCCUGGCCAGUUGACACCUGUGCAUCACCUGCCAAACCGUGUGAUGUGAUUGGCCCAGCGCGAUUCUUCCGGAUUCGCUUGGUGGGCCCCACAAGUGCAAAGCAAAAUGCGUGGAACCUGUGCUUGUGUGGCAUAGAGCUGUAUGGAUUCUUCUUCUGA